GCUCCUAGAGAUCAUCUCCAGCAGUCCACAUCAGCACAUCAUGGCAAAGGUCGGUGUUCCUCGGGAGAUUGCAGCUGUCGCUGCCCCGAACGGCGGUGUCCGCCUGUUCGGCAAGUGGGAUGCGCAGGAAGUCGAGGUCAAGGACAUUUCGCUACAGGACUACAUCAGCCUGAGGAAUGCAGUCUACGUCCCCCACACUGCAGGGCGAUACGCGACCAAGGCUUUCAAGAAGGCAAGCAUGCCCAUCGUUGAGCGACUUGUUGACUCGCUCAUGAUGAACGGCCGUAACAACGGCAAGAAGCUCAUGGCCGUCCGUAUUGUCGCGCACGCUUUCGAGAUCAUUCACCUCCUCACCGACGCCAACCCAAUCCAGAUCCUCGUUGACGCCAUCAUCAACACCGGUCCCCGUGAGGACUCGACCCGUAUCGGUUCGGCAGGUACCGUUCGCCGUCAGGCCGUCGACGUGUCCCCUCUCCGAAGGGUGAACCAGGCCAUUGCUCUCAUCACCAUUGGCACGCGUGAGAGCGCUUUCAGGAACGUCAAGAGCAUUGCAGAGUGCCUCGCCGACGAGCUCAUCAACGCCGCCAAGGGUAGCUCCAACUCCUACGCCAUCAAGAAAAAGGACGAAUUGGAGCGGGUGGCGAAGAGCAACAGGUAGAGCGAACAUCCCCAAAAUUCGGUCACUUUUACAUGUACUUUUCACGCUUCCAUUGCAUGCUUCCACGACUUUCU